CAAGGACGGAAAUCACUUCCUGUUUUUAGCUUAGCCCUCGACAGACGCAUUUCUUUGAUUCAAAUCAUGAGUGUUUUCAGUGGAUGUAGGAAACUGGUGUCGUCUGUGUUUAAAAGAAGCGUUUUACUGGAACAAAGUGGUUUUCAGAGACACGUCUUCAGAGAACCACGUCACAGUCUGUGUCUGACCAGACGUUUCACACCGAGUUCAGCUUCACGUCAGCUGCGACCUCAUGUGUUCACCUGUCAACUGAACACGAGAUGUUACUCAGAGGUGAAGAGUCAGAGCAGGGAUUCAGAGAAGGACGCCGAGGUUUCUACAGAGGAAUCACACGAGAGUCCCGGUGACAGCAGCGCCCCGGGACCCUCAGAGUCGUUCACUCUUGAUGUGCUGGUGUCUCUGCUGCGUCAGGAAAAUGCAGCGGACAUCUGCGUGAUUAAAGUUCCAGACCAGAUCAAAUAUGCAGAGUACUUCAUCGUCGUCACUGGAACAUCCCAGAGGCACCUCCGGGCAAUGGCACUUUAUGCCAUCAAAGUGUACAAGUUCCUGAAGAAAGAUGGUGAUCCGAAUGUGAAGACCGAAGGGAAGGAUGCAGAGGACUGGAUGUGUAUUGACUUUGGUAAUAUGGUUGUUCACUUCAUGCUGCCAGAGGCCAGAGACGUGUACGAACUAGAGAAGCUCUGGACACUCCGCAACUACGAUGAACAGCUGAUGAAGAUCCCUGUUGAGAAGCUUCCAGAAGACUUCAUCUAUGAUGUUGACAUCAAGUGAAAACGCAAGAAAUCAUCGAUUCAUAGACUUUCAUUCUAAUGUUGGGAUCAUUGUUUCCCAUCUCUGUGGUAUUUAUUGACAUGUUGAAUAACUUUGGACAAUGAAACACAAUUUGCAUGAAUUCAUUUCUAAUGCAUCGGCUUUUCUGUUGAGUCACUACCCCAGCAUAUUGAUCAAAUGAUUUAUAUUUUUCAUAUUAGGUCAUCCAAUGGAAUUUGUUUUAUGUGUUUUCAAAGGUUUCAUAUUUGUUGAGUCUGCUGAAGAGAAAAAUGGUUUAACAUGUUGAUGGUAAAAAUGAAUUAUUUUUAUACUAUUCUAGGUCUCUAUAAAUUAUUCUCAGUAUUUCCUUGUAUAUAUACAUACUCGCUUUGUCAAUGAAAAUAACCUUUAGCUGCAGACUAUUGGAGCCGUAAUUUCAUUUGAACCAAAUUGAGCUGAAAAAGUAUUAAAACCCUUGAGUAUCGUUGAAAAAAAAAUCUUUUAGACGUAAUAUUCUUGCAUUACAAAUUAUUGCUGUAAUUCUGAACACAUCAAACUUUAAUGCAAGAGAACUAAAGCUCAUGAAAUGGAAAUUCAAGAAAACCCCCAGAACUUCAAAGUGCUUACUGAAGCAUAUUCAUGUCAAUGCACUCGGUCACCUUCCACUUGUGAGCUCAAUCCACUGAGCCGUUUGUUGUCUGCAGAACUGUAAAACACUUUUCCAAAGUGGAGAUUAUGUGAGGUUAACAAAACAAGGCACUGCACUUCACACUUUCAAGCAGAAAUAUUGUUGCCUCCACCAAACAAGACGGUGUCAUGAUGUGCAUUCACUCAAAUCUGCUGAAAGAUUGGUCAGUAAAUUGGUCAUUUAAGGCCGGUCAGCACUUAUGUAACUCAGAGCCUCUACAGUCUUACAACUGUACAAUCUAAGGAUUCUAUGCUAUAUUUUUACUUUCUGUCACUACAUUAACAUACAAAUGCAUGUUUGUAAAGCUUCCAAUUAUUGAAGAGACAUAUUUUUGUGAAGAAUCGGCCUGAUGCAAACCCUGAAAAAUACUACAUGAGAGCAUAACGACACACAUGCACGCCCUGAUAAAUUCCUUGCAAGUGACCGUUUCGUUCCAUUGAGCCUCUGUGAGAUCAGGGCAUUAGCUAAAUGUGAAAAUGUAAUGAAGCAGGAGAAGCCCACAGAGCCCGACAGGACCUGGUGUUUGGAUGUUUCUCUGCCUGUUGAGCUUACACUUAACAUGUUCGGAAAUUAAGAUCAUGACUCUCACUAAUGUUCUCACUAACACACUGAAUAACAAAGUUAAUAAUGACAAUCAAUCUCAGCAGCUUCACAAAACCAUAGGAAAAACCUACUAAAAUACGAAAUUGUGGUCGUUAAACUGUUAAUAAUAAAAUAUUUAUACUUUAACCAUCAAAUAGCCAAUUUAAAAUGCACAAGUGCUAUUUUGUAGAUAAUGGUUGCACAUGAGUGAAAUCGUAGAAUACAAGUGCAAGACUUUGCUUAAGACCUUUUGUUGCCCAAACUGUGUUCAUAGUAGAUAAGCAAAGCCACACUAGUGGGAACAUUGAAAGGAGUGAAAUAAAAAUAUGAAUUCUAUUACA